UGGCAAUACUUGAAUAGAAAAUAGCCUCAAGGCAAUCGUGGCAGCAGAAAUCUAAUGUUUUUGUUUGUAUGAAUGAAAAAAUUGGGAGUUAAACUGCAUUUAACCAAAUGUUGUAGAUGAUUUUAUUUAUUCAUGGCCUUAAAAAUGAUGACUCUAAAUUCUAUCGAUAAACAAUUUAUAGAUGACAAUAUGCUUACAGAUGAGGAUUUUCUUUGCGCUGAUGAUUCUGUACAGUUGUCUUAUGAAGAUUUAGAAGUUUUAAAUGAAAUAUCUCGUCAUUAUCAGUUACCGUCAGCUCAAGAUCAAGUCAAAAAUGGUGUUAAUGCAUCUCAAGAUGAUAGUUACUGUAAAAGUCUAGAUGAAUUUUUUCAAGAUUAUAUUACAGAUGAAUCAGAGAACUCAUCCCUUUCUACAAAUUUUCCUUCUGGAAAUCAAGAUGUUUAUGCUCCACAGAGUAACACUUCUGUAAUAAGCAUUCCUGAUGAAAAUCAAUGUUAUGAAGUUAACAAUAAUGGAGCUGACACACCACCUCGCACACCAUCUGAAUCUUCUGAUAGUAGCAUAGGAUCACCCAUCAGCCAGUUUCAUCAAGAACCUGUCAUUGUUUCUUUAAAUUCUCUACCACAGAUCACAUAUGUUUUACCUAGUAACAAUCAAGUGACUAUCAAAUCAUCAAAGCCACCAAUUACAAUAAAACCAAAACUCAUACAGAGUAAAGCACCAGCCUAUUCUUCAAAUGUUAUCAGUGCGGCUACUAAGGAACCAUUAAUAAAAUUACCUUGUGGUGUUUUUCAAGUAAAGUCUCCGACAUCACCAAGUUCCAAUCAGAAAAGAUGUGAUAUCAGUGCAAACAAAAUUAAAAGAAAAUUAUCAACGGAUACAGAGCUGAUUGGGCUUUGUGAAAUGGCAUUAAAGAGGCAGACCAGAAUUAUGAAAAACAGAGAAUCAGCUUCACUAUCAAGGAAAAAGAAAAAAGCUUAUGUUGAAAAAUUAGAAGCAGAUCUAAGUCAAAUUACUGCAGAAAAUUCCUGUUUGAAAAAUGAAAAUAAUCAAUUGAAGCUUAAAAUCACUGAUUUGGAAAAAGAGCUGUCAAAAUUAAAAGCUGCUUUUUCAUCAAAAGCCUUAAAAAAGACUGCUUGCUUCAUGGUGGUUCUCUUCAUAAUGACUAUUAAUUUAACCCCUUUUAACAACAUAUUUGACAAAGUUCCAGUUGAUCCUCAGAAAUCUGUUCUCGAAAACCAUAGAGUUGGUAGGAUUUUAUUAUGGAAUGAAGAAAAUAGAAGCAGGGAACUUAAUGAUUCAGAGCAUUUUUUCAGUGACCGCUACAUAGAGGAAGUUGAUCCUUCUUAUAUAGUGUCUUGGGAAAAAUCAUACAAUUCAUCUUGUCAUCAGUUCAUCAACAAAUCGGAAUCUAUCAGGUUAGAAAAAGAUUUGCUAGGAUGGGUAAAACGAGUUGAGAAAAAACAAAAGCAAACAGAAUCUAACUUUAAAACAGAUGUUUUUGAUAUGAAAUCUGCUCUUCCACCUUUGCCUAAGCUGCAUUUAAAACCUAAACUGGCUCGUGAAAACAGCAAGGAUAUAUGGGCUAAAAAGAAGAACAGAAAUGAAAUCUUAAUUUAUCAGACGCCCAGAAAAGCAUAUGAAGAUUUUUUUGAUGCCAUUCAUAGACGUGAUGAUUCUUUUUACUUUAUUUCUUUUUCUGGAGAUCACCUUUUGUUACCUGCAAUUGCUCAUAAUCAAACUCUAAGGCCAAGAAUGUCUUUUGUAAUGCCUGCCAUGACUUUGAAUGAUUCUGUGGAUUCUGAAGAUUAUAUUAGUAUGAUGCAAAUAGACUGUGAAGUUAUAGACACUAAGUUAGUGUCAAUUAAAGAGUCUGUUAUUCCUUCUCAUUUACGACAAAAGCAUAAUAACACGUCAAAGCCGAGCUCAAAAAAUAGGUCUAGAUUCACUCUAAAUAAAAAUUCUAAACAGUUGCACACCACCAGAACAGUGAACUCAUCGCGUUAGAUAUUUUUCAGCUGCUGAAACCAGAGAAAAGCAUUUCAAAAUAGCAUUUUACUGAUAAUAUGAGUACUGCAGUUUUUUUUUCAUUCGCUCUAGUAGUGUGUUAUGUAUUAUCUAUUAUUACACAUAAUAUAUCAGAUUUUUUAUGCAAAUUGUUUUUUUUUUUUUUUUUUUUUUUUUUUUUUUUUUUUUUUUUGUUAAAAAUAUUUCUAGCCUUCAUGUGCAAAUACAUUGCCUUGUUGAUCUUCAAAUACUUAGGUUAUGCUAUAUUGAUAUUUUAAUUUUUGCUAAUUGAUUUCUCUUCUUGAGUUUUAUAUUUUUCUGUUGUACUAUUUACUUUCCAAAAUGCAUUUGUCUGAUAUGCUCCAGUGGUAUUUAUUUGUUGCCCUGUUCAGAUGUGCUUUCAACUUAGUUGUAGUAUUUCAAAAUAACUUUUUAAUAGUGAGAUUUGAAAGAAAGCUUAGCUCACUUAUUUAGACUUUGAGCAAAGCUCAAGGUAUGUGAUGUGACUUUAAGUAAAUGAAAAGUGUCUGCUUUAGUAAUAAUAAUUUAUUAUCACCCUGUUGUAAUAAUGUACAUUACAAUUUGUUACAAUUACAAUUUAUUACAAUUUUUCAUGACAAGACUUAAUAGUAAAAUGCAUAUUCACCUUGACAACUUCAAUUUUGUCAUUGUUUAAAAAAUAAUUUAAGCUACCAUCUAGAGCAGUGGUUACCAACUGGCGGCCCGUGGGCCACAUCCAGCCUGUGAACUAAAAUAUAUUAGUUGUCAUUUUUUGCGGACAAUUUUCGUUAAAAUUCUAUAUGGGUUUAAAAUACUUUUCUUUCGUUAAAACCCCUAAUUUCUUCGUUUCUGUAAAAUUUAACAUGCUAAUGGCGCCAACAAAAAUAAAAUUAUCAGGUUUUGCAUCCAAGAAAAUAUUUAUUCAAAUACAAAAAUCGUGUAUGUUGCUUAAAAAUUUUCUUAGAAUUUUAAUUAGUAAUUUAAUACGCUUGUUUUGUAAAACUUGAUAAAAAUCUGACAGUAAUAUUUAAUGUUCCUUCAAACAUAAAAGAGUCCUAGAUAAAAUUUUGAUAAAGUUGCGGCCUGCCAUUUGACUUGUGUUUUUAAUUGCAGCCUCAUGCAAGUUGGAAACUCCUGAUCUAGAGCAACAGUUCCCAACUUAGGUGUGAUUUCUCCCCUCAAUGGGUCGAUGAAUAUACAAAAGAAAAUAGAAUAGAAGAAGAAUAAAAAAAACUAGAGAGAGUUAUGUGAGGAAAAAAACUAUUAAAAUUACCUCAUCCUAAUGCCCAAGUGUCUAUGACAGAGAUUGACAUGAGAAUUCCUUCCUCUGCUUCACACAGAUGCACUUUUCUGCAUUUGACUUUCAAGCAUGCUGGCUGAGUGUCUUUUGCUUUUUUUUUUUCCAACAUAAUUUUUUUUUUUUUUAAAUCUGCCUUUUAGAAUUUUAAGCCUCUGCGAUUUCAAGCGUUUUUGAAGAAAGUUCAUCGUUUUCAAAUUUCCUAAAAAGAGAAAUGAUUAGUUUUCAUGCCUUUUUCUAUGUAUGCAAACACAAUUUAAAAUAAUAUCCACUUGAUUUAAAAUCACACAUCAUGUUUCUUAUUUUCACGAUAGUAUAUCAUAUAUCGCUUAAAAAGCCAAUAUUAUGAACGUGUUCUUAAAAACAUAUAUAUUUUUUGAUUUUUUUUUUAUCAAACUUAUUCGUGUGGUAGCAAUCAAUAUGUAUUUUCAUAAAAAUUAAAUCAGCUUCAAGAAAAAUCUUAUCAAACAAAUUUGACCAAAUAGAUGUGGUGACGGAAUAGAUUAAACAUGUUGCGAAAGUUAAUUAACUGCUUGCUGAAAAUACGGCUAACGAAUAUUGAAAUAGAAAACACAGACGAAAACGAUCAUUCGUAGUUCAGAUAAAGAAUCAAGAGUUUUAAAAAAAUUAAAGUUUAUGAACUUUCUCUUCAUAUUUUGGGAUGAAUGGAGGUCUGUCUUCCAGAUCCUCCCAGAAUUAAGAAAUAGUUUGAACGUAUGCUUGAAAGCAGACCACUAAGGAACAUUCAUGCUUUAACUGAACACACAAGGCUGUUAAUCUAAAGAUGAACAAUGGUUUUCAAAUUUUAACCAUCAAUGUUUUCAAUUUUCACAGAUUCCGAUUAAAUAUAUAUAUAUAUAUUCUCCUAGUUUUAAUUAUUUUCUUUAAAUAUCUGUUCUUUUUGAAAAAGAAGAAAAACUUUGAAAUUCAGUAUUAUCCAUGCUUGCUAGUGACAACUCACUGUUUUUUAAGAAAGAAAAAAAGAGGGGGGGGGCAUGGGAAAAAGUUUUUGAACCACUGCUCUAGAGCAUUUUUGUUACAACAUUCAAUUAGAACUUAGUUUGUGUAAACCUUUUCAUUAUUAAAAAUUUUUCCCACCAGUGUGUGUGUGAUAGUUUAUUUAUAUUAUCAACUGAUUUUGUUUAAUCAUAAAUGCUUAUUUCUCUAUUAUUUUACUAUUUCUAGUCACAUUAUUGCACACUGUUUAAUUUUACGAUUGUUAAAUCAAAAUAUUUCCAUGACAGGUUCAGUAUUAACAGUUUUCAUUGUAAAUACCAUAUCAAUAGUGAGUGUAUUUUGUUUUAUUUUGUACAUACAUUUUAUAGAGUAUAAUAUGCCUGAUAAUUAUGUUCAUUCAUCCUAAAGUACGUUGUGUUUAAUCAUAAAAUAUACGAGUUUCUAAAGGAACUAUUGCAUCAUUUUGAACAAAAUUGAACCCUUCUUUUUGAAUUUAUGGUUUCCAUUUUAUUAAACUACAUCCAUUAAAGCUUGAUAUAUAUUAAUUUGCACCUUAACCAUGAACUAGGAAAAUAAUUAUAUUCAAAAUAGUUUGCUUUUCUAUUUUAAUGUGUAUAUGAUAUUGCUUAAAGAAGAUAUACACUUAACAGUUUCAUUAAAUUCUACCUAGUGCAAACAAUAAUGAAUAGGAUUAACUUCUAAUUAUUAUUCUAAAUAGAAGUAACCAAAUUACAUACUUACGCAAUUAUAAUUAACAUUUCUGAUUCACAAUUAUUAAAUCUGCUUAAGCAAAAGUUGGUAUUUAAAAGCAAGGUAGUACCUAAAUUUAGUCCGCUUUGCACCUCCUUCCUUAAAUGCGAGAUAUAAUUUAGUAUCUGUUUUUUGAGCAUUAGAUUCACAUAAAUCAAAACUAAUUUUGUUAGAGAUUAAAUCAAAGAAAAUGGAGAUUUUGAUCUGUUCUAUUUAUAAUCUGCUGGCUGCAACUGAACAUUAACCAGUUUGCAUGUAGGGUAAAAAUGCAUAUGUUACAAAAUCAUUUAUAGUAAGUGGCAGGUUAAGUUAGGAUAUUACAAAAAGUUAAUUAAAAUUUUUAAAAAAUUAGUUGCCCCUUUCUGAAUAAAGCUAUGAGAAAACAUUAAAUUAAAAUUAAAAGAUUUGUAUAUUUUGAUAUGUUCUAUUUAUAAUCUGCUGGCUGCAACUAAACAUUAGCCAGUUUGCAUGUAGGGUAAAAAUGCAAAUGUUACAAAAUCAUUUAUAGUAAGUGGCAGAUCAAGUUAGGAUAUUACAAAAAGUUAAUUGAAAUUUUUAAAAAAUUAAUUCCCCCAUUCUGAAUAAAGCUAUGAGAAAACAUUAAAUUAAAAUCAAAUGAUUUAUUUUAAAAUACUGUCAACCUUAAAUGUUUUGUUAAAAGGGUUACAAUUUGAGAAUACAUUAAUUAAAAAAUAAUGCAUGCAUUAUAAUUUUAUUUCUUGAGAAUGUUAAGUUGAAAUCAAAAAAUAUUGAAAUCACUUAAUUUCAAACUCAUUCAGAUGCACAAAAUUCACUUGUUAAAUUCACAUUCAUUUGAUUAUAUAUUUUGUGUGAUAAAGUUUUUGUUCACCUAUUAUUGUUUAUUAUUUUUUUUAAUGUUUUAGGUUUUCUUUUAAAUAAAAGUGCUGAAUUGAUCAAAAGAUAAGAUUUCUUUUAAGAAAUUAUCGUCCAAAAAUAUAUUUGGUUGCUUUUUGAUAUAACAAAUUUGAAAAAUUUGUCUUUUUUUAAAAAUUUUACAUUUAGAAAACUAUAUAAAGUGGUGACUUGCUUACUUGGUAUGCUGUUUUGCAUAUGAAAUGUGAUGUUUCUUUUGUAAUGUUUGUUAAUAAGAUUCAUAUAAGCAUACAUUUUUUAAACUAUUAUUUGGGAAUAAAUAUUGUUCUGACCUAUUUGAAAGUAUACUUAAACAGUUUCAGUGGUGAUUACCAAUAACAUUACUCACUAAUAAAUGUCUCUUUCUUGCAAUAAGGAAAAACAGACUGAGUAAUUAUUUUUUUAGCACAUAGACGUUUAUGUGUCAAUAAUUAAUGAUAUCAUAGGUUUGCACAGAAAUAAAAUAAUGUGCAGUAUUAUCCAUGCAUUAUCUUAUAUAAUUAAAGUAUGUAAUUACUUUCUUAUUAUUUAUUAUAUUCUUUAUAUUGUCUUUUAAACUAAGCCUUUAAAUAGAAUAUUUUAUGCAUGCAUAAAUGUUUCAUGAUCCUUUUUUUUAAUUUAUUUUUUUAUCUUUUCUUAAAUUGAUAUAAAAUUAUUUGGAGCAAUUUCAGGCUUUUUAAGUGACGAAAUAAUAUCCAGUAGCCAUUGAAUGGCUUGCGAUAAAAGUCGAAGUCUUUAUUUUUGCAUUUUAACUCAUCAAAAUCAGUUAACCAGUAAAUAACAAAGGAAGUCAUUUGCAUUCCUAAUAUAAUAUAUAAUUAGUAUAUAACAAUGUUUAGUUAUCUGUUUCAUGUUCUAACAUGAAAUUAAGAUAUUUUAUACAGAUUUAAUGUUAUCUUUGUAAAAGGUACCUAUUUAUUGAAGUCAUAAAAUAUGUCUUAUCUAAUCAAUAAAAUACCAUCACUGAAAUUAAUUAACGCAUUAUUUUUCGCUUACGUUUUAAAUGAAAAGAGAGAGAGAUUUGAAAUAGAACCUUCUGAAUCUGUUAAUCAAUAUUCAGAAAAUUUUGCUUUUCACAAACUCUCACUAAAGAAAACGUUUGACAACUAUUAAAAGAUGUGGUGAUUUUUUUUUUUUCGAUAUUUAUCAUUUAUAUUGAAACCAAGCAAAAUCUUAAUACAAUAAAAUAGAAAACUCACUUUUUUUUCAAAAAUAUAUGUAGUUGAUUAUGAAUCUGUGCUACUCAAAUUGCAUCUUAAUUUUUGAUUAAGAUUAAUUUUUGAUUAUUUUACUUAAUUAAAUAUUUUUCUAUUAUACCUUACAACUGAAUGUAACAAAACUUAAUUUUGAAACUUUAUUAAAUUUUUAGAAUAUUGUAAUAGGUUUGACAUUAAUUUAAAUUGUGUAUAAAAUUAGAUCAAAAUUGUAAUGUUUUUAUUUAUAUGUUAUGAAAAAACUAAAACUAUGUUUAUUGUUUGUAACUAGACUUAUUGUUUGUAACUUUUAUGUUUCAAACUAGAGUAAUUUUACAAACCAAUUUUUAGAUAAAUUUUAUCAAGAUGGAGUUCUAAAUUUUGUAAAUGUCCAAACAUUUAAUAAUUUUCAUUAUAAAAUCCACUGAUUCAAAUUCACUAGAAUUAGAUGAUUUUAUUUAUUAAUUUUUUU